UAUAUUUGAAUCUUUUUAAAACAAAAUGUCAGGAAUUUGGUUAUCCAAGAAUACUGGGGUUAUUCGCUUGGUUGAAAACCAAACAGAAGAAGAGCAAUUAAUUGGGAGAAAAAGAAAGGUUUUGGUACAUUUACCAACACAAGAAAUUGUCUCAUCUUAUAACUCUCUUGAGAAAAUUCUCACUGAUUUGGGAUGGGAAAAGUAUGAUUAUGGAGAUGAUCCUGACUCUUAUCAAUUCCACAAGAAAACUCCUACUGACUUAUCAAUCUCUCUUCCUAAGGACUUUGCCAAGUUUAACACAGUUCAAAUGUACGAUAUUGUCUUUAAAACCCGUCAUAUCUUUCAUGUUCGCUAUAUCUAAACAUCAUACAACAACAAUAAUAAUUACGCCUCAGUCAAAGUCGAUGUGAUCAGAGGCGAAUUAAGUUUUAUGGUUCAACCUUUAAAGUUCUUAUCAUUGAACCCGUUGUAUUUUUGAUAUUACGGAUUCGUAACUACAAUUUAUUAUAAUUUUAAUGAAUUUUUAUGCAUAAAUUUAUGCUCUGCAUUCGCCUCUGGAUGCGAUAUAUAAUAAAUUUCCUAUGUGGAUGCCUUGUG